UACAACAGUAAAAUGCUACUUCCACAUUACUGCAUUACUGACAACAGUCCAAUAAUAUAAUAUAUAAUAACAUAAAAAUCACAGGGGCUGUUUGUCUGCAUACCAAAUACUUUACUGAUACUUACAUUAAGUACAUAAGUAAGUACAUUUAGCUGAUAAUACAUACUAUUGCAGGAUUUUUACUUGUAAUUGAGUAUUUUAAUAUUGUUGUGUUGCAAAAGAUCUGAAUAAUUCUCCUAAUCAGGUCUAAUCAGGCAAAAUAAGUGAAAGCACCUGUGUGGGUGUACCAUGGGUGUGUAGGGGCUUUAAGUGAAUUUACGCUACAGCACUACAGACGCUAGGUGGCAGCAGUGCACCGUGUGUUAGUUAGUCUGCUAAAGCAGAAGAAGACGAACAUAGCAGGUCGCAGCCUUAGUGAAGCACAAAGGCUAUCCAGUAUGGCUGAUGUGUUUCAGAUCAAAGAUGGAAACUAACAGAAGAUAAAACUCCAGGACAACAACAGUUUUCACUUUCUUUGGUGUCUCCUCGUUUCAAACAAAUAUCUUGCCGCGAUGGCAUCAGAGGAGGAAAUCAAUCUGCUGGUCAUCGUCGUGGAUGUAAAUCCGAUAUGGUGGGGGCAGCAAGCUCAACGUGAGCCAGAGUUCACCCUGUCAAAGUGUCUGGAUGCAGUCAUGGUGAUGGGGAACUCCCACCUGGCCAUGACCAGGACAAACAUGCUGGCUGUCGUCGCUAGCCACUGUCAGGACAGUCACUUCCUGUAUCCCAGUAAGAGCUGGAGAGGCGGGGACAGCGGUGGGGACGAUGCAUCCUCCAGCGGGGAUGGAAAAUAUGAACUCCUGUCAGUCGCCAAUAAUCUUAUUGCUGAAGAGAUCAGGAAUGUUAUGUCAAAAACUGAAGUGAGAGGAAAUUCAACUGAUACUUUGUUGGCUGGAUCCCUUGCCAAAGCACUUUGCUAUAUUCACAGGGUCUCAAAAGAGCUGGAAGUUGGACAGGAGAUAAAAUCAAGAAUAUUGGUGAUAAAAGCAGCCGAGGACUGUGCCCUCCAGUACAUGAACUUCAUGAAUGUAAUUUUUGCUUCCCAGAAGCAGAACGUCCUGAUAGAUGCCUGUGUGUUGGACUCAGACUCAGGUCUCCUUCAGCAGGCUUGUGAUAUAACUGGAGGAUUAUACCUCAAGAUACCACAGAAAGUUGCCCUGGCACAAUACCUUUUGUGGGUGUUCCUGCCGGACUCUGAGCAGCGUUCACAGCUGGUGCUGCCACCACCUGCAUAUGUGGACUACAGAGCUGCAUGUUUCUGCCAUCGUAACCUCAUUGAGAUUGGUUAUGUGUGCUCAGUUUGUCUGUCAAUAUUCUGCAACUUCAGCCCCAUCUGUACAACUUGCGAGACUGCCUUCAAAAUCCAACUACCACAGAUGGUCAAGCCCAAGAAGAAGAAACUCAAGCCAUCUACAUGAUUUUUGCUGGGAUUACAUUAAUGUAGUGAAUUUAGUUAGUUUCCUUUUUUGAUAGUCAGAUUAUACUAUUUUGUUUGGUAUAGAUUUGUAACAAGCUUCGGUGACAUCCUAGGAAUGCCUUUGAGGCAGUAGGGCAAUAUGAACACGUUGUCAGUCUUUACAUGUACAUGAAGGGUGAGCCUUUACGUAACUGCUCUCAAAUUAAUACUUGCUAAUUCCAGUCUCAUCUCAAGAGCUCAUCCCACCCUGACAAAUACUUCUUUUUUGUAGAAAUAAGUGUUUUUCCUGGAAAAAAAAUGGGCAAAUAUGCAAAUAUUUAACAUAUAAAACAUGCAUUCAAACAUU